AUGUCAGAAUCAAAUAUUUGGAAGUCACGGUUCAAAGAGCUUCAGGUUUUGGUUAUCAAUCUACUUGUCACUGCGACAAUCUACGCAUGCAGCGAGGUGCUUGUAUGGUUGCUAAGCCUUGGCCUCACCCACAUCCGAUUCCAAUUUCUCUCCGCGAUAUUUGGAAUGGCGUCUAUUUUCAUCACUAUAUCCACGCUUAAUAUAUUUUGGAAACGCAUUGACGCAAUCUAUCAAGGGUGGUUAAAGAGCAAGAUUGACUUCAUCAACAGCCACAUCAGUGUGGCUUUUCCUAUUCCCAUUGUGAUGCUUAAUCCCAAAAGUCCAUUGGGAAGUUCAGAUAUUGGCAGAAUUGUUGGGGUAUUUGUGAUAACCAGUACCGUGGGCUGGGUAGUCACAUUUACUUUUGCCACGCUCUUCGUCUCGUUGGCAUUCCUUGCAGCUUCGUCCAUGGCUAAGCUAUUCCAACGUUGCUAUGGGGUUAAAGUUCAUCAGGUCUCGGACAUUUCGGCUCCCAAAUCGUUCAAUCCUAACGACUCUCUUUACACGGCCAGUGAGGCCUCAAAAGAGCGUCGUUCCGGUCACACCAAAGACUCUCUCUGGAGUCUUCUGGUCCGAAAUUGGGCUUUGUUAGUCUCUUUCACCUGCAUCUUCACCGUUGGUAUUCCUGUUGCAGCCGGGACCAGCGAUCAACGUGCCAUGGAUGGCUUCACCCUCUGGUUUUUGUGGUUAGGAUGCGUCAAGUUGCAGGGCAAACUCAAGCUCUGGGCGAAGCGAAGUCCGCAAACCUCCAAGCUGUGUGUUAUUUUGGCUACAGUUGCCAACCCCGUACUCUUCGCAACUCUCCUUCUAACGGCGUAUACGCGAGCGAAAGCGUCGCUGAUGGGUGGUCCACACAUAUUGGAGAGAGUCCUGGCGAUGCUGAGCAGUGGAACGCCUCUUUACGAGAUUCUCACAUCUGCUACUUCUCAUGUUCGCCUUCCUCAUAACCAGUCUGUGUGGUUUGGAGCUGGGGAUCUCGCCCUCUCCGCGCUCGAGUGUGGUAUUGUCGUCUGGGGGUUUAAGCUCUUUGAAUGUCGCAAACAGCUACUCAGUAUUCCGGGCGCAUGCACCAUUCUUAUAUGCAUUAUGGUAGCAGUGGGUAACGUCUAUCUUUCAGUCAUUGUUGCCCAUGCUGUCGGACUAAAGAGCUCAGAGGCGCUAGCCUUCGCAGCUCGGAACACCACGCUGGCCUUGGCAAAACCGGCGAUGGAUGCCAUAGGAGGCAAUACGGUGGUCAAUGCGGCAUUAGUUGUCGGGAAUGGUAUCAUUGGUCAAAUACUGUACCCCUUCGUGAUGCACAAGUUGGUGAAUCCCUUUGCCAUAUGGUGUGAAGCUACGACACCUCAGCAGCCCACCAUCUCACGAGAGCCUUCAGUGACCAACAGCGACGGCGGCUCACAAGCAACGGUAUACUUGAACCCUUCAGAUAACGAUCUACGUAUCAAGGACAGUGCUUUGACAGUAGCUACUGGUAUUGCUGUGGGAGUGAACGGAGCGGCCAUGGGUGUCUCAUACCUCUACGAGCAAGAUCAUCCAGCGGCUCCCUAUGCGGUCCUGGCGAUGACGGUGUAUGGAAUUUCUACCGUCAUUCUGACCACUGUCGACCCCUUCAAAACAAGCGCCAUGGCACUAGCCAGGUGAGAUAUGAUACAUACUGUAUAUAAGCCGGUAUUGCAGCAACACCCACCUUGUUGGAGUGUUGGAGAUUUGAAGACGGCCAUGAACGGAUUACCGACCAUCUUGAAGGUCCGGUCUUAUUAAAACCGGUCAGUAUGGUGGCGUUGUUAGGGGCCGCAGUCUUCUCCAACGUUGGAUGGAAAAACCAUAUAUAGCUGACAGUCGGGAGACGAGGGAUAUUUUCGAGU